AUGACGGUUCCCGACAAGUACAAGUCGCCGCCCCAGGCACCACCCGUCUUCACCGGCACCAAGGAGUCCAUCGUCGGCGAUUCCAAGAAGAUCUGCGACCAGACCCGAGCCCUCCUCGACAAGCUCGUCGCCGAGAUCCCCGCCGAGAAGGCCACCUUCGACAAUGUCAUGCGCCCCAUCGCCAAGGACGAGAACGAGAGUGGCUUGUCGACUAGAAUACUCGGCUUCUACCAGUACGUCUCUGGAGAUGCUGCCCUGCGCGAGGCGUCCACCGAGGCCGACAAGAUCAUGGACGACUUCUCCAUCGAGGUGAACAUGAGGGAGGAUGUCUUCAAGCUGAUUGAGGCCAUUCACAACCGCAAGGACGCCGAGGGGCUUGACCCCGAGAGCUUGCGUUUGCUCGAGAAGGACUACAAGAACUACAUCAAGAUGGGACUGGGUCUGCCUGCUGGCCCUCAGCGAGACCGCUUCAAGGAGAUCAAGAAGCGUCUUAGUCAGAUCCAGAUCGAGUUCCAGAAGAACCUCAAUGAGGAGAACGGCGGCAUCUGGUUCACCCCCGAAGAGCUCGACGGAGUUUCCGAGGACGUCAUUGAAGGCCUUGAGAAGGGCACCGGCGACAACGAGGGCAAGCUCAAGCUGUCUUAUAAGUACCCCGACCUCUUCCCCACCCUCAAGUUCGCGACGAACCCCGAGACGAGACGCAAGGUUUUUAUUCAAAACGAGAACAAAUGCAACCAGAAUGCUCCGCUGUUCAAGGAGGCCAUCGUCCUUCGCGACGAGGCUGCUCGUAUGCUCGGCUACCCCGACCACGCCUCCCUCCGUAUUGAGGACAAGAUGGCCAAGACCUCCAAGACCGUCACAGAUUUCCUGGGUGACCUCCGCUCUCGCCUCGCCGCUGGCGGUGCCAAGGAGGUUGAGCACUUGCUCGAGCUCAAGAAGGCGGAUACCGAGGCUCGUGGCGUGUCAAACGACGGCAACUACUACCUCUGGGAUCACAAGUUCUACGACCGAUUGAUGAUCGAGAAGGAGUAUAGUAUCGACGAGAACAAGAUUGCCGAGUACUUCCCCAUUACCUCUACCAUUGCUGGUAUGCUCAAGAUCUUCGAGGAGCUUCUGGGUUUCGUCUUUGUGGAGCUCAAGCCCGAGGAUCGUGCUACAUUGAGCCCUACUGGCAAGGCCGAUGAUAUUGCUUGGCACGAGGACGUCAUCAUCUUCAGCGUCUGGGACGAUGCUUCUGAGGGCGAUGGCUUUGUUGGCUACCUCUACCUUGACCUCCACCCGCGUCAGGGCAAGUAUGGCCACGCUGCCAACUUCAACCUGCAGCCUGGCUACCUGCAAGCGAACGGCUCUCGCAGGUACCCCGCAACUGCUCUGGUCUGCAACUUCAGCAAGCCUACCCCGAAGAAGCCUUCUCUGCUCAAGCACGACGAGGUCGUUACGCUCUUCCACGAGCUGGGUCAUGGCAUUCACGACCUCGCUGGCCGCUGCACUUACAGCCGUUUCCACGGAACAAGCACUGUGAGGGAUUUCGUCGAGGCGCCGUCCCAGAUGUUGGAGAACUGGUGCUGGACUCCUAGCGUCAUCAAGUCUCUCUCCAACCACUACCAGACCGGCGAGAAGAUCCCCGACGAUCUUAUUGAGAAGCAGAUCUCCACUAAGCAUGUCAACGCUGCGCUCUUCAACCUGCGCCAGCUUCACUUCGGCAUCUUCGACAUGACUGUCCACACCCCCAAGAGCCACGAGGAGAUUAAGAACAUGGAAAUGUCGGAGGUCUACAACGAGCUUCGCGGCCAGAUUGCUGGAAUCAAGGGCCCCGAAGCUCAGGGCGAGAAGAACAACUGGGGCAACGGACAAGCCUGCUUCGGUCAUCUUAUUGGAGGAUACGAUGCCGGCUACUACGGCUACCUCUCAUCUGAGGUGUACUCGACCGACAUGUUCUACUCUGUAUUCAAGGCCGACCCCAUGAACGGCAAGGAGGGCCGUCGUUACAGGCACACCGUUCUGGAGAAGGGCGGUAGUCAGGAGGAGAUGUUGACCUUGGAGCAGUUCCUUGGCCGCAAACCUAGCACUGAGGCCUUCUACAAGGAGCUGGGCAUUCCCCAGUAA